UGCCGAUAGCAAAUAAUUCAGAACAAUAUAUUACUUUCUCAGUUGGUCAACUUCAAUUUAUUGAUAGUUUGAAAUUUUCAUUACCUGGUUUAGCUAAGAUGGCAGAAAACUUACAUGAUGAAAAGAAGGGCAAAACUAAAACACCAGAACAAUUAGCAAAAU